AUGAAAUUUAUUUUAUUAUUUUUAUUUUUAUUUAAUAUAUUUUUAAUUGUAUCAUCACGUCAAGACGUAUUUAAAUUAAAAGCAAAGGGUUGCGAUAGUAAUACAUUAAAUUUGAAUGAAUGUGGAUCAUUUUGUAAUAAAUAUGCAAAAAUCCAGAACGAUGGAAACAAUAAAAAAAUCACAUUCUAUACAGAUCUGUAUUGCCGAACCAUUGGUAACUAUCUUAACACAGACACUCCUUUUAUUAUUCCAUUUAAUUGCAAUAAUGAAAUUAAUCGUCUUGCAUAUGAUGGGGAAGUUUCUUGUUCAACAUUAAAUCCAAAAUUUAAUUCUUUCAAAUUUGUUAAAGGUUCUUGUGUCGAUGAUAAAAAUGUUACAAUUGGUUUAUGUUCAUCAGUAUGUGGUACAAAUAUUAAAAUCAAUUAUGAUCCUUUCCAAAAUUACUCUAUUUCAACCUACACUUCUAAAGAUUGUACUGGAAUUGGAAGUACUGAGUCCUAUGGUUCAAUUGAUUGUAAGAAUGAUUUACUUUCAAAAGCUAAAAACAAUCAAUAUUUAUCUUGCUCCGAAUCAUUACCAGAUUCUUCAACAUCAUCAAAAUUAAUUUCAGGCUAUAAUAUUAUAUUAUUGGCAUUUUUAUUAAUAAGUAUAUUAUUUUAA